GCUUUCCAAAAAGAAAUCCGAUUCCUUUUCUUUUUUCUUUCUAUAAAUCUCUAAACUUUCCUUAUAUAUUAUUACCUUGUAAAUGUUUAAUCCUCAUUUCACUCAAAUCCCAAAAAUAAUAAAUUAAACAUGCUGUGCAACACAAGACUGAGUUUGAGCUUAGGAUCAUCUAUUACUCCUCCUCAUCAACAUAACAAGAAGGGGAAAUUAUCAACCAAUGAUGAUAAUCAAGAAUUAACACUCUGUUUAUCAACUUCAUCAGAGUUCACAAAUAAUUGUGACAAUAGGAUUAAUCCUCAAUUAUUAGGAGGAGUUAAUUCAUCGGUUUCUUCAUUUUCUCACACAAGUAGUGUCAAAAGGGAAAGAGAUGCUAGUAGUUUUGAAGAAGAAGUAGAAAAUUUGGAGACCAAAAAAAUUGUAUUAACUUCUCCAAAGGGAUUAGUUGAUCAUGAUGAUGAUGAAGAAGAUGUUCAUGAUUAUGGUACCAGGAAGAAACUUAGGCUCACUAAGGAGCAAUCUGAUGUUUUAGAAGAAAGCUUCAAAGAGCACACCACUCUUAAUUCUAAGCAAAAACGAGAUUUAGCGAGACGAUUGAGUUUACUUCCUCGACAAGUGGAAGUAUGGUUUCAGAAUCGAAGAGCCAGGACAAAGCUGAAACAAACAGAAGUAGAGUGUGAAAUAUUUAGAAAACGUUACGAAGAUUUAAAAGACGAAAACAGAAGGCUAAAUAAAGAAGUUGAAGAGCUGAAAUCUCUGAAAAUGUCAACACCCUUUCGAGUAAAACUAUCAGCUGCCACUCUUAAUAUGUGCCCGUCGUGCGAGAGAACUAAUUACGGUGGUGCCGCCGCUGCGGCCACCGAUAGUUCUACCAAAAUCUCUUUUUCCAUCGGAGAUCAAAAGCCUCACUUUUAUCAUGCUAUCCAUCAACAGCUUUGCUAAGAUAAAUUAAUUAAAAGGGUCUUAAUUAAUUAGUUAAUUAUAAUGUAAAGUGAUAGAGGAACAUGUAAUUAUUUCUUUAGUUAUGAUAAUGUAUGUUAUUCAGUAUUUUUGUAGUUAUGUGUAUUCUUUAAAAUGUAGUAUAUGUGGGAAAUAAAAGUUGCAU